AUGGACACGACGAAUUUCAAUACAGAUUCAUUUCGCGAUAUAACCUUUGAUCUUCUGUCUGGCAUUGCGAAUGAUCCAUUGAAAUUAGAUGAGUUCGCGCACGCUUAUUUGACUAAACUUCACGAACGUACGGAUGGAGACAAUCUCCGUAAAUAUACACGUGAUAUCUAUGAGAAAAUUCUUGCUUUACAAAUGAUACAAAGCAAUCCAGGAUUUCAAUUGAAGGAUACAUUCCACGAGAAGAUCGUUAUUGCUUAUUUUUGGACAUUUUCCAAUAUUCAUUCAUCGCAUAUGAUGCCAAAACUCAUUGGAAUCGAUAAACGUUACUCUACUGCUGGUGUUACUAUCAUUGGUAUUCACUCUCCUAAAUAUGAACAUGAGAAAAGCAAAGCAAAUGUUCGACAUGCCAUGGAGGAACAAUCGCUUCCAUUCAAUGUCGUCAACGAUAGUUCAUUAAGUGUAUGGAAACAUGUUGGUUGUCAGAUUUGGCCAACUGUUCUGGUGUUCGGGCCUGAUGCGAUACCCAUAUUUAUAUUCGAAGGUGAAAAUCAUGUUCAACAUACUGAAACGUUUCUUGCGUUUGCUCUUGCCUAUUACAAAUCAGGUGUACGAGCAUCACCAAAUAUUUCAGCAGCAAUAAAAAUGUCACCCGACGAUCCAGCGGCAAAUGGUGCAACUGCGAAACCAGCGAAAUUUACAUAUCCAAGUCAUUUAUGUAUCACUUCAAGUGGACAAAUGUGUAUUUCGUAUGCGGGCUCGAAUCAAUUGAUUCUUUGUGAAAUUGAUGGAAAAGUUCUUGAAGUGGUUGGAAAUGGUCAUCCAGGUAUGGCGGAUGGGGAUAUUAACCAAGUUGAAUUUGAUUCGCCACGUGGAAUGGCCGAGUACAAUAGUUGUAUCUAUAUAGCGGAUACAAACAAUCAUGCGAUUCGUGUGUUUGAUCCUAACUCUCGACGAGUUUUGACAUUGAUUGGCACAGGCCGUCUAGGUACUGACAAAGUCGGUGGAUUGAAACGAUCCCAACAACCUAUUGCUUCCCCUUGGGAUUUAUGUAUAACAGAAUCACCAUUUGAUCAUAAGACAGUCUUACUUAUAUCGAUGGCUGGUCAGCAUCAAAUUUGGGCAUAUGCGUUCGAAGAAACUCAGUGGUGGAAUAAUUUAACUUUACAAAAAAAUGCUUGCUUAGCAAUUAUUGGAAGUGGCGAGGAGGGCAAUCGAAAUGAUCCUGAGCCUAUGUCUGCUACUCUGGCAGCACCUCGCGGCAUUUGUAAUGGUAUCAUGAAUGGACAACCAGUUCUGUUCAUUGCUGAUAGUAAUAGUUCAAGCAUUCGCGUUGUUACACUUCAAAAUGGAAAUGUUUCGAAUUUAAUUGGCGGUGAUGCUGAUCCAGCAAAUCUCUCAGCUUUCGGUGAUCUUGACGGCAGUGGUUUCAAUGCGAAAUUUCAAUAUCCACUCGGUGUUGCUUUUCAUUACCCAUCGUCUCAAUUGUAUAUUACGGAUACUUAUAAUAACAAACUCAAACGUGUAGAUAUGACGACAUUAAUAUGUUCAAGUUAUUUUGUAACAGACAUCGAUACGAAGAAACAACGUGGAGAAUCGAAUUCUGCCAAAUUUAACGAACCACAAGGCAUAACGAUCUUCGAUCAUUUCAUGUUCAUUGCAGAUAAGAACAAUUCUCACGUGAAACGAAUCGAUCUCGACAAAGGAACGAUCGUUCGAUGUCGAUUCAACUUAAGUGAAACUUUGAAUGAAGAGCGUACAUUUGGUUCGAAACAAGCCUAUCUGACCAUUGCCUUGCCUGAUGCACUACAACUACGUGAGACUAACACAGGAACAUGGACUAUCGAAGAUGAAGAUGGAUUCAAAAUAUGUGACGGUGAGUUAGCAAGUAGCAUGUCGGACCAAAUGUUAUUGGAUUAUAUUCCACGUGAGAAACAAGCUGCUCGAUUGAAAUAUGAAGUAGUCGUGUGCGAAGGUGAGAAGUGUACGAUGAUGAGCGGUGAAGUUCAACCGGUUAAUCAAACUGACUCAAUAAUUGAGUUCAACAUAAAAAUCGAGCAAGAAGAAGCUAAUACAAGUUAA